GCAAAAAAGGUUCUUUAUUUUUAAAAAAAUUAAUGAUAAUAAAAAUAAAUAAACCAUAAACAAAGUAAAAAAAAAAAUAAAUGGAUGAUGAAGAGAAGGCUAACAACGAUCGCAUUUUCAAACGUUUCGAUGUGAACGGGGACGGAAAAAUCUCUGCAGCAGAGCUCGGAGAAGCAUUGAAGGCGCUUGGCUGUGUCUCGGUGGAAGAAGUUUCGAAGAUGAUGUCUGAAAUGGAUACUGAUGGGGACGGCUUCAUUUCAUACGAGGAGUUCAUUGCGUUCGCCGCUGCCAACCGUGGCCUAAUGAAGGAUGUUGCUAAAAUAUUCUAGUUCUUUUUAAUGUUACUCUUUUCGUAAUCAAAUUGUAACAUGUGUUUUAAUUGCUUCCAAUGAUUGAUUCCUAAUGAAUGAGCCACAAUUUUAAGAUUUAAA